UAAAAGAGUAAAAUCAUAACAUAAAUUUCUACCAGAUCGGUUGCGUCUCAUUUAAACCGCGGUUCUCGUGAAUUUUCUUAGUCGUAUGUAAACGUGCUCUCUUAUAUAGAAAUUAAGAAAUAAAUAAUAAUAAAAUAUUUAAUUUAAAGAUUAUAGAUCAUUUAAAUAUCUAAACUCUUAGUAUUUCUAUAUAAAUAUUCGCAUUUUUAUUACAUUUUUGUUAUUGCUACCCAAUAUGGUAAAUAACAGCAACUUUCUUUUCCUCAAUUCUCAAAAACUGAUACAAAAGUGCAUUCGAUAUAGAAGUUCUCUUUAUAUCACUAAUACUGCUAAAGCACAAACGAGAAACAUGCCCUGCCCAUUCUUAACUCGCUUAUCAGCCAAUUACGUACGUAACUAUGGAACAUCUGUAAUAAUGAACUAUCGUCAACACUGCCCAGUAAUGUCUCGCUUAUCCAGUACAUUGGCAGGAAACACGGCUGAAGCACAGAUAUCUCAAUCUAUAGAAAAUCAUUGUCCAUUUCUUGCUAAAGAACCAGAUACAAUAAAAGAGGCUAGUCUGACAGUAGAGGAAGAUAUUAUUGAUCUUACCACUAAAGAGAAAACUAAAGAAGAAGCUAAUUUUCCUUAUCAAGAUUAUUUCCAUGAACAAAUUAUGAAAAAGAAAAAAGAUCAUUCGUACAGGAUCUUCAAAAAAGUAAAUCGUUUGGCUGAGCAAUUUCCAGCUGCAAUGGAAUAUUCCUGGGGCGAGAAACCUAUUACAGUGUGGUGCUCUAAUGAUUAUUUAGGCAUGUCUCGUCAUCCAACUGUAAUUAAAUCUGUUCGAGAAGCCUUGGAUAAAUUUGGUGCAGGCGCAGGUGGGACUCGUAACAUAUCUGGAAAUUCCAUGGGUCAUGAGAAAUUGGAGAAAAGACUUGCUUCUUUGCAUCAGAAAGAAGCUGGAUUAUUAUUCACUUCAUGUUUUGUAGCCAAUGAUUCAACAUUGUAUACAUUGGCUAAGCUUUUACCAAAUUGCCAUAUAUUUUCUGAUGCUGCUAAUCAUGCUUCUAUGAUACAUGGUAUAUGUAAUAGUCGUGUACCUAAACAUAUCUUUAGACACAAUGAUGUCAAACAUCUGGAAGAGCUUUUAAGUAAAGUUGAUAGAAAUAUACCAAAAAUUGUAGCAUUUGAAACAGUACAUUCCAUGACAGGUGAUAUAUGUCCUUUAGAAGAAUUAUGUGAUAUCGCGCACAAAUAUGGUGCUUUAACAUUUGUGGAUGAAGUUCAUGCAGUGGGCUUAUAUGGAUACUCUGGUGCUGGCAUUGGAGAAAGAGAUUGGGUUCUUGAUAAAAUGGAUAUAAUAUCUGGUACACUUGGAAAAGCUUUUGGUAAUGUGGGUGGCUACAUUGUUGCCUCUUCCAUACUUAUCGAUAUGAUUAGAAGCUAUGCAGCAGGAUUUAUCUUCACAACUUCAUUGCCACCAACUGUUCUGUAUGGAGCUUUAACAUCUGUUGAAAUUUUGGCAUCAGAUGAAGGAAGGUCUUUAAGAACUAGUCAUCAAAAAAAUGUGGCCUAUAUGAAAUCUAUUCUUACUACUGCUGGACUUCCAUUGGAACCUUCGCCUUCUCAUAUUAUUCCAUUAAAAGUAGGUGAUCCAUUAUUAUGUAGUCAAAUAGCUGAUAUGUUAAUACGAGAAAAAGGACAUUAUGUUCAAGCUAUAAAUUAUCCUACGGUUCCAAAAGGUGAAGAAAAAUUAAGAUUAGCACCAACGCCAAAGCAUACAAAAGCGAUGAUGGAUCAGUUUCUGAGAGAUACACUGGAUGUAUUUCAUCAUUUAAAUAUCCCCAUAAUUGAAUCUAAAUCUAAUGAAAUGGCACGUGCCAUAUUAGUUCAUUGACAAAUGUAUAUAUUAAUAUAAUGUAAAGAUUUCUUAUCGUACAAACAAAAACUGUUAAAAGAUGAAAGUUUAUUUAUGUGGAUACAUAUAAUAUUUCUAGACAUUCACAAAUCGUAAGAUUUGUUCGAAAAAUAAACGGAUUUAAUUAAAUCUAUUAACUUAAAAUAAAUGGUUACAAAAAUA